AUGUCAAAACGACUAUCUACUGAAAUCGAGAUUUCCGCCAAAGAUGGGGUCGACAAAGAAAAACAACAGCCGGACAAGAAACAAAAAUUAUCAUUUGGAUUGAUGAAAAAAACUCUUCCAGCAAAAACCGGCAUUAAAAUAACUCUUAAUAGCCCAGCCACUAAAGAACCACCUAUUUUACCCAAACCCGCAUCAAAGUCUGUUGCGGCAGUAUUUGGUGAUGUUAGUGAUGACGAACCUGAAGAAAUGCCUAAAGAAGCUAGAAUGCGUAUGAGAAAUAUUGGUAGGGAUACUCCAACAUCAGCCGGACCCAAUUCAUUUGGCAAGACUAAACAUGGUUUCUGCAAUACUGGUAAACUUAUGGAGAAGACACUUAAAGAGGCAACAAACGCACUAAUUGAUGAUAAAAAAUAA